GCAUACACUCGCGUGGUGCUACGCCGUCGUAGCGCUACGAAUACGCGGCUACGACAAAACUGUAUGAUAUUGUGUUUUUUAGAACCAAAUAUCUAUGUUCAAUAUAUUAAUUAUUAUAUAAAGUAUAGUGUAUAUGUGUGAAAAAUAUUUGACUUUUAAGGACUCUUCUGAAUGGUCCAAUGUAUGAUGUUCUACAAAUGUUUAAUAUUAUUUCCCUAACGGGUGAUAUACAUGUCUCGAAUUAAUUGUGUUUGAAUUAAUUGUGUUAUAAGGAUUAAUUGUCGUACAGAACAUCAAUCUCAAUCAUGACGAGAGAAUCCAAGAGAGAAUAUUAGAAGUGUACAAUGAAAAGAAACAUUUCAAAAACUUUAUAGACUUACAAUGUUGAACGGCACGGCUGAACGGGGCGGGUUAUCCCUGCAGUCAUCACCCGUGAAAGUGUCUACGUCUCCAGUCAGAGCAUCCCCAAGUCCAGUGAGGGCGCCGUCGUCGCCUUUGAAAUCUUCCCUGUCGAGUGGUAGAACGCGUUCACCUCGGCGCUGUCAGUUCGCAGCGCCUGUCGAAGAUGCGAAGGAUAAAUGUGGGACGUCGUGGUUGUGUCGACGUGGCGCUGGCAUUGGAGACGAAUCUGAGCCUGAGCGAUCGCCUGGACCCAGCGCGCUACCGCAAGGUUGUGAAGAGUCCGCGCCGCCGCCUAAGAAUUGCUUCAGAUUGGUGAUGUUAGGAUCAGCACGAGUAGGCAAAACCUCUCUUGUGGCGAGGUUCCUAGGCACCAAGUUUGAAGACAGCUAUACACCGACCAUCGAGGACUUCCAUCGAAAGCUGUACAGAAUUCGAGGGGAGGUGUACCAGCUGGAUCUCUUGGAUACAUCUGGAAAUCAUCCCUUUCCUGCCAUGCGGCGAUUAUCUUUUCUUACUGGCGACAUCUUCGUACUGGUGUUCUCGAUGGACAGCCGUGAAUCCUUCGAGGAAGUGAUCCGCCUUCGGGAGCAGAUACUGGAGACGAAGGCAAGCGCUACCAGUGGUGGAAGCAGGGGGCGACGCCAAGUACCGAGGGUGCCGAUGGCUAUAGCUGGCAAUAAAUGCGACAGAGAACUCAAGACUGUCCAACCUGAAGAAGCUGUAGCGUAUUGUUCCACCCAGGACCCAGCUUGUGUAUUCGUCGAGACGUCUGCUAAGAAAAACUAUCGGGUCGACGACCUCUUCUAUGAAUUAUUCGUCGUAGCCAAUUUGCCAUUAGAAAUGGCUCCUAAUCAUCACAAACGUGUCAGCACUGCGUUUGGGAGCCCCUGCACGUUACCGCCCACAAGCAGCCAAAGCAAUAGAAAUAAGAAAUGCACGCUUUCAAUAAAGAGAAGGUUGUCGGACGCGUGCGGUGUCGUCGCACCCAACGUUCGAAGACCCAGUAUCCGUACUGACCUUAUGAUUAUGAGAACGAAGACUUGUGCCAAAGGGGACAGUGAUAGCGCUAGUGGCAGCCCCAAGCUCAAUCUUAACAGGCUAGUCAGACCUACUGGUCAGAAUGACAAGAGGUCGUGCGUCAUUCAGUGAUAUUUAAAACGUUUUGAACUUGAAUUGUCUUUAUGCUAAAGAAUUAUAAUGGCGAUAUAUUCUUUGAUGUAUUGGACAGUGGUGCUAUAUAAAUAUGUAUCGGAAAAAAAAGUAAAAAAUAACAAAAUAUUGUUGCCACUAUUUCAAAUAAAUUUGAGAAUUUAAAACGAAAUCCUUAACCCUAAUCAAUAUUACUACCAACAUGAAAUUCAAAAUUUAUAUCUAUAUAUAAUUGUUAAUGUUUUCACAAUUUUUAUUCAUUCUUUGUCAUUAUAAUUUUUAUCUACCAAACUAUAUCGAUUACUAAAUAAUAUAUCAGACUUUAUAAAGAAGUUUAACCUUGAAGACAUAACCUUCUUCAUAUUACAUAUCUCCUUGUUAUUAUGUGUUAUCAACUCUCUGUAAAUAAAUUAAAUAAUUUUAUAUAUUACAAACAACUGUUCCUUAAAAUUAAUAUUUCCUUCUUUUUUUUUUCUCAACUACCUUCAAAAAGAAGAACAUUCCCAAUUGGGCUGUAUUUUUUUUAUGUUUGUUACCUCAUAAUGCCGUCAGUUGUAAACCAAUUUAGAUUUUUUUAUUUAUUUGAAACGAUAUAUUUACAGAUUAAUCCUAUAGAAAUUUUAUUAAAAUAAGUUCAGAAGUUUAUUUUGUAAAUCAAAAUAACUGGUUUUGUCACAAAUGAAGACGGUUUUUUUAUCUUUAAUUAUAUUACGUUUAUAAAGUGCUCAAAAGGAUUGUACGGUUUUCGAAUUAUAAUCCAAAAUGACUUUCUUUAUCAGUUUACAAACAUUACUUGUAAAAGGUUAUUAUAAUAUUACAAUUGCAUACACUGCUAUAAAGUAUAUCGUAAUAGUAAAUCCUAAAGGUAAAUCGUAUGAUACCAUAGAGAGAUUUAUAUAUAUCUGAAAUACCGUUUAAUUUUUCAGUGUUAUUCCUACAUAAAAACUGCAGAAAGCUCAGAAAACUGUGAAUCGAUUAGUCUGACAAUGCAAUUAAUUUUCUCGUUGAAAAAAGAAUGAUUCAGUAAGGAACUCCAACCUCCAACGACUACAGUCCGUUUUGUUAUUGCUUUAUUUUUCUAUUUUGGAAAAAUUGGAUUACAUCUCAAUAACUAUUGCUUGACAUUCAUUACAGUCUUUAUACAAGGUUUUAUAAAAGGUAAAAGGAAUACAGCGUAUAACUCGGAAAUACUUUAGACUGGUUUUGGAAUAAAAAAUAAAAACAGAUAAAUGUUCCUGACAAUAAUCCCUGAUGGUGUAGUUAGAGCUAUUCAACUAUUACCACUGUCGUGAUUAAUACUCGACAUGUCCAUAUUUCACCGAGAAUAAUAAAUUAAUAUAAGAUGGCAAGGUGCGAUCCUAUCACCAUUACUCGGGUUUAUUCGAUUUAAGAGUAUUUCCAUCACUAGAAUUUGGGGUCUAUAAAUCAGGGUACACUACGAGUACUAAGCAUGCGUUUGUAGCGUACAAUUUCAAAACAAAUAAUUUAAAAAAUCUACAAAAUUAUUUCACAUAAGAGUACAAGAAUAUUGCGUAAUAUCUUCCAUUCCAUUAAUAUCUACAGAAAUCUACAUUAUUCGUGAAAUUCUAGAGGGACGAGCGAUAAGAGUAAAAUAUCUGGCACGCCUCUAAUAGUCGCAUAUGAAGCUGAAACGGCGGAAUUACUAAGGUGCGGAAUGGAAAAUGGAACGAAAAAUUUCAUUUAAAACAUUCACGCAAGUUAAUAUUAUUUUUUCCAAUUUUAUUAUUAUAAUUUUUACAACUUGAUGUAAAUAUAAUAUCAUUACAGUACGUACAAAUUUAAUAAGGGGCAGUUAAUGAAUUAAUGAAAAAUUACAUUAAAAUAAAACUGAAUAUUAUGCACCGCGAAUGUUAUCGAAAUCAGUAUUUUUGUUUACAAUUAAAGAUUUAAUUACUAGAUACAACUCAAUAUAAAUUUAAGUGUUGUUACAGUACAAUUAAGGAACUGCUAGUGAAUUAAGAUAACUUGAAUGAGUUUGGAUUGUUUGCCUUGUUGCUUUAAUGGAUGUUAGUACAUAAAAGCCAUGUGUUAUACAGUGUAAGUACGUCGUCGAGCUUGGAAUGUGUUACUGAUGUAGGAAGAUAUGUUUAAGUAAUAAAUAUGAACGUUAUUAUAUUAUAUUUGUUUUAUCUUUAUCGUCCUCAAGCUAUUCCAUAUCAUAUUGCUACCCGUGAAUGUAUUGUCUAUAAAAGGAAAAUUUAAAAAGAAUAUCGUUGUUGAAAUGGGACCAAAUUAUGGAAAUUGCGCUCAUUUCUUUGUUGUUGAUUAAAAACAACGCUUCUGAAAUAUUAAUCGUCGCCUGUUUGUCUAAAAAAAGAAAUUUGUUUUCUGGGCGCGUUAAUGUGAGUCGAGGUGAAAUUACGAUCACAAAAGCAGUCAUCACUCCAGUGGGCACAGAUCAAUAUCUCUAAAUGAUAAAUGUAAAAAUAUAAAAAAAUAAAAUAUUUCUAAACAGAAAUGUAAAUUAUUCUAUGUCUAUGAAUUAAGUCUACGUCUCCUUUGUUGUCAGCAACAGAAUUGUGCUAUUUCAUUAAUAUUUUUUGUAUUGGAUAAAAAAAUAUUCCUAUACCUAUCUUUUUUUUUUAUUUUUUUACCUGCGUGUAUUUCAGAAUACCAUUAGAACGAUGACUGCUUCAAAUGAAAAAUGUCAUAACUAAAAUAUAAUCACAGAAAAAAAAAAACAGUAAUAUAAAUAUGUAUAAUAUAUAUUACAUUGCUUAGAAAUGAAUAUGUAUGUACUAAUUGAAACAGCAGUAAUUUUUAAUUAUUUUAAUAUAAAAAUGUAUUUUAUGUCUGUAUAUGUUUAUACUCAGAUAUAAAUAAAAAUAAACAGUAAGGUUAAGCGCUUUUACGGACCAUUAUGCAUUGUUUAUACUUUUCUUACAAAUAUCAAUUUAGUAAGAAUUCUGUAUCUUUAUUUUUUUUUUUUUAUUUAAUCAAUAAUAUAAAAAUAAAUCGCUGAACGUGUUGCUAAGCGCAAAUCUCUAGAACAGUUGAACCGAUUUCGCUAAUUCUUUUUUUAGAAUAUUCCUUGAAGUACAAGGAUGGUUCUUAUGGAGAGAGACAUUUAAAAAAUUGCCUGAAAAAGUCUAAAAACAACAUUUUUCUAUAUUCCCAUAUAAACGAUUCGUAAUAAUACUUAAAAGUCAAUUUUAACUUUAAUACCCUACCAUAAAGUUAAAGUGUUAGUGGAGAGGUUCCAGGAAGGCAAAACAAUUGAGUGACGUGGCAUGGCGUGUUUUAUAAUAUUUAUUUUUUGACAUAAUAUAAUUGUUGACUUAUUAAUUUUAUUUUUUCUUUUUUUAUCUUUCUAGCUGACCCGGCGUUCCGAAUAGUAAGUAGCAUAAAUAUUAAAAAAAAAACUAAAAAGUUAAAGAAUCGACUGUUAGACGGUACGAAGUUCGCGGGGUCAGCUAGUAUUACAUUAUAAUUUCUCCCAUAUACUGAGUAAUAAAUGUACAUGAUGGUAACCCUAUUCACGCAAACAUGGAUGAAAAAGUUGACCUAUUUUUGGCAAAGCAUUUAUAUAGAGACGCUCUCUCUAUAUAUUCUUAGUCCUUACUAAUCACUAAUGCGAAUCGAAUAUGUGAUUAUACAUGAAUGAAUGAACAAGUAUAAUUCAAUUAUUAUAUAUUUUAGCAGUAGCUUAUAUUUUAGGAGUUAUGGCAUUUUUCAAAAUUUAUUUAUUUAUUUGUUUCUAUUAACUGUGCUAUUUUAAAAACCUUGGUAUUUUCAAUACCAUAUGUUGACGUCGAUGAUAUAAAUAUUGUCUUAUCUAUACUUACUGUGUUAUAUACAUAUACAUAAAUAAUGUAUCUUUAUGUAACUAAUCCUUUUUCUACAUAUACUUCUACCUUUUCUGUAAUGCUAAUAA